UAAGGGUUAAAUGUUUCGCCCCUCUUGCACAAUUGUUGAAACUUGCCACUUAAAUGUGAAUUUCUUAAAACUUGGAAGGAAGAAGUGUCUUACUCUUCAAACUCGGCAACAAUGUUUCCUUCCUUUUGGAUUAUAAGAGCUGGAAUUGUUCUGUUGAUGCUGCCGUCUGUUGUAAAAACUGGCAUGACACCGGAAGAGGUUUAUGACGCUUUGUCAAGUCGACUUGACACUAUAUCCUUUGAUAUCAGGCUAUUCCGAAAAAGUUUUGCAAGAUCUGAUACGCGUAUGAAUGGAUUUGAAAAUAAACUAGAGGACAUUAACCGACAGAUACAAACAUUCACAGGAACGAAAUCAACAAAUCAGAAUAAAAGUAAUGGAAUAAUCAGCUUAGAAGUAAAACGGCAGGCGAAAUUGGUGCAGAAAGCGUUUGCAGUCGAGAAGAAAUUGUUGAGAGAAAUGGGAGAACAGUUUGAGAAUAGAUGGAAAGACGUUAAUGGUGUUGGUCAGCGAUUAAACUCUUUAAACAAAGCAUGGGAGGAAUUACGAACCAAUACUCGUAACAUAGAGGCAUCUUCGCUGAAUAGAAUUAAAAACCUAGAGAAGAAAAUAGGAUCCGUCCAGACAUCUGUCAUUAAAGGUCAAAAAGGAGAACAAGGUCAGAAAGGUUCUUCAGGAAAUCGCGGAGAACCCGGAAUACCAGGGAUACCAGGCCUUCCUGGCCAAACCGGUCCCCGUGGGUUUGAUGGACUACCUGGAAUGAAAGGUAAAAAGGGAGACCCAGGAUCCGUCCAGACAUCUGUCAUUAAAGGUCAAAAAGGAGAACAAGGUCAGAAAGGUUCUUCAGGAAGUCACAGAAAAGACGGAACACCAGGGAGACAAGGCCCUCCUGGCUUACCCGGUCGCCCUGGGGUUGAUGGACUACCUGGAAUUAAAGGUGAAAAGGGAGACCCAGGAUCCGUCCAGACAUCUGUCAUUAAAGGUCAAAAAGGAGAACAAGGUCAGAAAGGUUCUUCAGGAACUCAAGGAAAAGACGGAAUACCAGGGAGAGAAGGCCGUCCUGGCAUACCCGGUCGCGAUGGGACUCCUGGAGUACCUGGACUACCUGGAAGGAAAGGUGAACAGGGAUACCAAGGAUCCGUCCAGACAUCUGUCAUUAAAGGUCAAAAAGGAGAACAAGGUCAGAAAGGUUCUUCAGGAACUCAAGGAAAAGACGGAACACCAGGGACAGAAGGCCCUCGUGGCUCCUUUGGUCCCGCUGGACCUCCUGGACGACCUGGAAUGAAAGGUGAAAAGGGAGACCAAGGUCUACCAGGACAAAUUGAUGGACGACGUGCAUAUCCUCCCCUUGCCUCUUCCUGGACUGAAAAUCGUGAUCGUUAUAGAGAACCAGACUGGCAGUUUGGAUAAGCUCCUCAAAAUCGGAUUUGAUAAAACGAACAUAAUGAUUGAAAUGAAAUGUGGAAAUCAGGGUUUGAGGUUUAAGGCAUUUCAACGACAACAGUCAUUUCAGCGACAAGCAGUUUAUCUUGUAUUGUGUUUCAGAGGCCGUAUUGUUUAUGCUUUCGGAGGUCUUAUUUAAAAUCGUUACAAAAAACUUCAAUUGCAGCCUGUUACAUUUAGUUUAUAUAUAUUCUCGGUUAAUGAAAGCUAAAAAUGAAAGGAAUAAAUUAUACUUCUGUCCAUGAUUUUCUUUGCCUGCAAUAGUGUCAGAUACUCAUUCAUUAGGUUUUAGGUUGCAAAUCACAGUGCAUAUCCUGUUGCAGACGAAAGCUGAUUUAAAUGCGAAUUCUAUUUACUAAUAUUUAUCCUAACGUUAAAAUCUUGCGGGCAAGGUUAAGUUUGAAAACUGUUCUAAGAAAAGAUAUUUACUAUAUAUUUACAUGUAAUGUCGCAACAAAGUUGCACAUGUAUUCUACAGUGUAAUGUGAAAAAUUCCCAGACGUAUUUAACUUCAAAUACAAUUAAAUACCACUUUGAUGUCUCGCCUUUUUCCUCUAUCAUAGUAAUUUAUAAGAUGUAGAGGUUUUGUUGUAUACUAGUACUAUAGUUCAUAUAACUUUGUCAGUUUACUGAUUCUGUACCAGAUUUGUUUCCGUAUCAGCGCAUGCAUCAGCACGACAGACGUAUUAAUUCAAAAAUAUUUUCUUUGGAACUGUACGAAUCAAAAUCAGUGAUUAGGUAGAGCUCUAAACUUUCUUUGCUAAAAGAAAACAACCUGUUUAUAGAACGUUAUUCCUCGAGUGAUCACCGUUUGUCAAUCCUGACCCAGAAUGGCAUCGAAAAGUAAUUAAGACUACUUGCGACACAGAAUAUCACAGUCAUGCAUCUAACAGUACUCAAAUUGUGUUUGAUUUUAUCACAUUUCUAGAUAUGUGUAGCAUAUUUUGACCAUAUAUACAAGCAGCAGCGAGUGUUCUUUAUCAAAAUACAGUUGGAACUCGGUAUCUUGAAUUCCAAGUGAUCGAGAUAACUUCGACUUAUUUUUUUUUUUGUGCAAGUGUUUUCGGGGCGGAUCUUGAAAAAUGUUUUGUAGAUAGCCGGAAUAUUUUAUAUAAGCGAGUUCGAGAUAAUGUGUUUCAACUAUAUUUUACAGUGUUAAAUUUUGUACGUUUUAACUUUGAAAAACCGUUUAUUUUUCGAAAGAUUAUACGAUUUUUCACGUUAUAAUUUCCAAAGAGCAUUUCUUGAUUCGAUGUUUAUACAUAUUCUUUAACACUUGCCAAUUCAAUACUCUGUUCAAAUCAGUCUGUGGUAAUUAUGCAUGCAUUUUUCAUGCCUAGAGGAAAAAAGGCAAAAUGUAGAAACACGUGAUCCCUUUUGUAUAUCUGUAUAUUAUGCAAAAAGACAUAUUCCUCGUUACUAUCAGUUUUACUAAGGAUUAAUUUCAGAGAAGAAAUAAAAUAUUGUGAUUUUAUAGAAUAAUAAUCAAAAGAGUCCCAACAGACGACAAAAUCCCCAGUUCUCCAUCCACAUGACUUAAAUGGGAUAUAAAACACGAUGACAUUACUUACAAUUUAAUUCUAUGAUAAAUAUAAAACCAAAGAAAUGUACCAUUAAGCAGUAUAAAUGAUAUCCGAACUGACAGAAGUUACUUUGCUUUGGUAAUCCGGAGUCUUAUAGGAGAUAAAGUUUCAAGAUGAAAUAUUCUUCUUAAAAUGUCUACUGCUAAAUAUAAUAGUUGGGACUAGUGCUAUCAGAGCAUUUCUAUCAGAAGUCUGUACGUAAGUUUCGUUGGUUUUUUGAAUGAUGGACACUUUCUAUAUAAAUUAACAGUGUAUUAUCUACGCCCAGUAUUAUAAAUAAUUACCACCCAAAAUAUUGCCACGGUUAAAUUUCCAUAAGGCUUUAAAUUUUAUGUUGAAAACAGACGAAACAGCAUUUCAAAUAGAUGUUAUGUAUAAUUAUAUGGUCCUAAAAGUACUGCGUUUAAUACUAAACAUGAACAUUUACAGUACGAACCAUAAAGGGAGGUAAUAAAAAGAAUAGGUUCAAUAAAACAUUCUUGCAUUUCUAUUCAGACCUUUGGCAAAUAUCGGAGAAAACAAUUACCAGAAAUAGGAUUUAACAAGAACUUAAUAUAGUUUGUGUUCAUAACAUUUUAAAGAAAGACAUUAUGGGUCUUUAACGUAUUAGAAAAAUUGUUCUGUAUGAUAUGUCUGAAUAGAGGACAGAGGUAACAUUGAUUCCAGUGUUAUAAAUAAAAUAUUUUGUUUAAACAUACACACUUAUAUUCUUACAUGCAAAACAUGUCUUGACACGGAACGGCGAGGCCGUAAUGCAAAAGGAAAGUCUAUGCUGACUUAAGUUUUUUAACGAUGAAAUGUAUAAAUAUAAUCAUUUUGAUAAAAAAUCAAUUCAAUAGAUUAAGCAUAUUAUGGAUUGUAAUAUAGUUAGGAAUAAAUCUUUGAAGAGAUCCUUUGGAACAAGAAAAAUAAUAGUAUAUUCGGCUUGAUUGUGUCUGUUUACGUAGGGUAAUGAAAUGUGCACAUCCCUCAUAAUCACUAACUGAAACUAAGUUUUAGAUGUAAGUGUAUGUCGACAGGAUAUAAACAUCUGAGGUUGGGAAAAAGCUAAGGUCUUCAACACUUAACGUGUGUUUUUUUUUUAAUAAGAAGCAUGGAAUUGACCUCUUAUUUAAAGUACUUCUUAACAAUGAACGCGGCGUUUGUUUGAUAGACAAUUUGUGUGGGAAGAAAUGGAAAUCUUAGCUCCAAUCCUCUUCUGAUUUUGUCAAAACAAUUACUUCUAAUGGAGAUUUAUUGAAACUUUCAUCCGGUAUGGUGUCCUGUUUGAAUUACGCGUCUUACUCUUUAAUUGUAUAGAGAAAGGAUUAAGUUAACUUUGUGUUGUAUGUAAAUGUAUAUUGUUAGGCCACAUCAACAGAGCAGAGAGUCUUAACAAGACGGAUUUGCUUAAAAUCAUGUAACGAUGUCAAUAUUGUUUUUAAUUCGUCCAUAUUAAAUAUAAUACUAGUA